AUGGCCCUGCAACCUUAUAGGGAAGAGGAUUUGAAUUAUUUCAAACUCUCCUCCCUUGUGCUCAAUGGAUUCCCAAGAGCCCUGAGACAGACCUUUAAAACCAUGUGGGACAAAACUCAUGGUCAUCGCCCUGGUUUCCUGCCUUGGGAUGAUUCUACUGCUGUGAGAAAUUUGUUCGCCUCGGAGGAGGGUAGCAAGAACAGAGUUCCCGUUCAUCAGUCUUAUGGCGAAUGGGACUGCACUGCUUUGUUCCAGGCCACUAUCUACUCGCGAGCCUUCGCCUUACAUCAUGGAACGCUAAAUGAAGUGUAUAUCAAGCCUCGUGGACUGUCACCUUCACAUUUUCACCCAUCAGUGAUGAGCGUAACCGGAGACAAUGCGGAAACCUGGGCAUUAGCGAUCGAUCAGCUACGCCUUCUUAGAAAUUUCGUUUGUCACUUGUCCAGUUCUAAGAUGGGAAAAGUGAUUUUCGACCAAUGCGUCCAACGUGCCAAAGAUGCGUUCCUCGCACUCGGAGUUUCGACAGCUCCAAUUGACGCUGUUGGUAGCUUAACGGAAUCAGACUUUCCGACAAAUGAAGUUCGCAGACUCGAGGAAGCAAUUAAAGAGGCGAAUCGAGCGUACAUCAAAUGGCUUGAGAGUAUUAUUUCCGAUACUGCUGACAAAGAGGAUAUCGCCAUGUUGGCACAAAAAAUUAAUGAGCUGAAAACUUUGCUAGACGAGGUUGCUAGUUCAUCAACGUCAGGUAAGUCAUUAAAGGCAACGUAAGGAAAUGUAGAAUCACUGGGCUGUAAAACUUUUCCAGCUCUCGUCAUUUUCUUCUUCAUAAUACACCUAUUUUAAAACGUCCACGACUAGCGCCCACUUCCUUAUUGAAACUAAAUAAUCAAUUUCUUAAAUUAAAUUCUCUAACACUCUUCAGUGGCAGCAGCAGAAGCUUUAAACCGACGUCGAACGCUCUAGAUUAUAGAAGACGAUUGUACUUCUUGGAAGGUGAUAAAGUACAAAGGGGAGUCAGUAAAUGGCAGGGUCGGGGUCUAUCUUUGUUUUCAAAGAAUGCUGUUUUAUGGUUAGGGUUAGGGUUAAUGUCAAUCUAACCCUAACCCUAACACUAUCCCCGAAACAAGAUUCUUAAAUAGACCCAGCUCCACGUUUUACUGACACCCAGCACAAAGAGUUCGCAAAGUUUCAGCUUGCGCCCUGGGUGUUCCGGUUCCGACUUCAGACGGCCCGGUGGCUGAGCAUAUAAUAAAAAUAAUAAAAAACAAUAAUCCUCGCAAUCUGCUGGGAUUAUUUUCCUACCCGAGAGGUCAACAAGGAAACAAUGUCAAUGAGUUCAUACUUUUUUUGUCUCCAGUGUAAACGUUCCAGCAUCUUUGUCAGCUUUUUCGUCAACGUAGUUACGUUUUUUUUGCUGUUGUUGCGUUGGUUGUUAUACAGGGCCAAUCAAAAUCGUUCGAUCUUGGUUCGGAUAUAUUAUCCUUCUUCGAUCACUCUUGGUUAAUUUUAAAAACUUUUCAUGGGCUAGCUUUCUAUUCCAGGGUCAAUAUUAGAAACGAAACGACCAUAGCAUCAUGUUAGAUAAGUUAACUUCACUCGGAAUGAAUCGCUCUGCUCUCCAGUGGUUUAGGUCCUAUUUAACCAUGCGCGUCCAAAGUGUUUGUACAAAUGGGGGUCUUAUCUUGUCUAAGCAACAGCCUAUAUUUUUCGGGGUCCCUCAGGGUAGAGUACUGAGGCUGUUAUUAUUUAUCAUCUUUAUAAAUGACUUGUUUCUGGUAGUUCGAGGAUGUAGCGUCGAGCUUUAUGCUGAUGAUACUCUUAUUUAUUUCGCAAACACAGUGAAAGUCAAACUCAGUUAACUAGUGGCCUAACUAAUGUCCUUAGCUGGCUUCACGCAAAUUUUCUCAUACUUAAUCUUAAAAAAACUUAGAUUAUGCUUGUUGGUACUCAUCAGAGGACUGCAGCGGCUGAGUAAUACUCUCUUAGAAAGGGUCGUUGUUUCAUUAGGACAAUGUAGAGUAUGUUGGCAAUAAGAUCUCGUCUAGAUUAGGUAUUCUGCGUAGAGCGCGCAAGGUUCUUCCCAAAUCUACUUGACUGUCUAAUGCUCUAUAAUACUAUUAAUAGUCUUGCCAUUGUUUGACCGUCUGUCUGGGACAGUUGUGGGGUUGGGUGCAAAUCUGUUUUAGAUAAGUUAAACAGACGUGCAGCCUGUAUUAUUCUCAAACUCAUUAAUAAUUCAUAAAGAAAAUUCAAAGGAAAUUAAUGUUUAAUGAGUGUUUGGAUAUCAGAUGAAAAACUGCUCAUUUUUGCAUCCUUAAUUUCUCCUUCAAAAAUGAUUUUGUUGGAGAAGAAAUAUCAAACAUUCGACAGUUUAUCACCAGAUGAAAACACUCCGCUGCGCGUCGUAUUUUCAACUCUCUUCUCGGUGUUUCAUCUGGUGAUUGUAUCUCAUUGAAGGUCGACCUAUCAAGGCUGAGAAGUUAAAGUCGACACUUGGCUGGCCCGUGCCUACAAGCGCAUAGAGACUAUCUGAAGUGGGUCUUAGUCUAUAAAUGUCUUUAUGGAAUGGCGCCAUUGAACUUCUUUUUCGGAGUUUAGGCACGCGCACCAAGUUUAGGCACGCGCACCAACAACACCAAAACCAGAAGCCAUGAUUUGCUGCGUUCCACCUCUUGCGAAAACUACUAACUAAAGUCAACCAAGGAAGCCUUAGAAUAAACGCUGAUCGCACAUACAACACUCUACCGGGAAACAUCGGGUAAAUAGAGACGCUCAGUGAAUCUAAAAUUUAGCUCAAACGCCAUGUUAGACGAUAAUACCUGGACAUGUUGCCUAGAUAACUUUAAAUUGUAUAGCCGUCUCUUUAUUGUUUAAUGUCUUUGUUUUGUUUGUGUCAGGGCUCCAUUUAAGAAUUAAAUAAAUGAUUAAAAAUAGAGGCGUUGACGUUAAUGUUGCGUUCGUCAAGUUUAAACAGAUUCUGUGAGAACAGUCAAGAUCAUUUGGAGAGGUCUUUGGACAGAUUAGAAAUACGGUAAAACUACGCUAUCGAGAAAAUUGACUAAUAUCGAUGGAAAAGGAAUUACGUUGGAUUGGUGAUUAGCAUGCUUUGAUUUAAGAUUUCUGUUCUGGUUGAGUAAUUUGACAAAAAUUGCAAUAAGCUUCAAGAAAAAUGCGAAAAGAAAAAUGAAAAACUUCAAAUAGCAUACCGUAAACUGCCACUUAUAAGCUUCCCGACAUAUGAGCCCCCCAGUUAUGGGCCCAUCUACGCCCGCACCAAAUCAACUGUAUUUUAAAAACUAUUUUUAUCGCAAUUUGACUGAGGUAUUUUCAUUAUAUUUUUGACGACUUAAACCAAAAUGGAACUCGGAAAUGGCCUAUUUAAAUUGUGAUUUGAAAUGACGAGUACCUUGAAAUGUCUCCAAACAGGAUUAAAACUGGCUGUUUUUACAGUAAUUUCACAAACCAUUUUCAUGUGAAAGGUAUUUAGAAUGGAAACCUGUUUCCAAACCUAACUUAUUUUUAUAAACAGGCUGUUUAUAGGGUGUUUUGAAAGAAAAACCGGCUGUUUCAAUGGUAAAAAAUAUACUCCAAAGGAAAAAAAAUUCAACCAAAUUUAUUUUCAAACAGAUUUUAAAUACUGUUUUCGUGGUAUUUUUAAAAAUUGAUUCCAGCAGUCACGGACUUGACAUGACAAACAAAAUGCAAUAGACAGAUAGCGUCAGCCAAAAGAAAUGGGAAGACGUCGUCUAGGCACAGCUCAUUCCGGCUACAAAGGCACUAUUCUUGAAGUUGAGCCAUCUCGACAGAAGCGUUUAAGGGUUUUAUUUAAUUUAAUUUAAUUACAAAGUUUUAAUUAUUUCAGUCGUCGUCAUUCCAGAAGAAAAUUGACGAGAAUUCUCAGUUCUGAGACAUCCGAUUUCUAAUUAUGCACCCAUCAAGUACUUAAUAAGUGACCAGUAACUAUAAACGCCACAAACUUGAUUAUUAAUGUCAUUAAUCCUAACUCCGCCAACAAAACAAGACACUGAGCUGUCAUCCAGUUUGGAGCUAAUGUAUCUCCAAACAAAAACGAACAAUCAGCCUAAAACUUCAUCAGUUAUGAAAGUAUCGAAAUAAGCAAGCAUUUUUAGCCCAUCGACGGGUUUGAUAACACGCUUUGUGUCACAGUGUGUGACAGUGUGAAAGAUCAAUCGAUCUCCAAUAGACUGUUAUUCAUCGAAUCUCUCUGUGUAUAUGUCUAACAGCGAGAUUUUAAAUCAAUCAUUGAUCAGUUACUAAAACUUCUAAAACUCGCAUCAACCAUAACGUAACAUUAACAUACAGUGUAAUCUACAUAAUCUAAUCGAUUUUGACACAGAACCGCAGUUAACCGCGCGCGUAGAACCGGAUGCGGUGAACAAAGAUAAAAAUAAGCCCUAAACAAAUGACGUAAAUAAAAGAUCACCUCUUGUGUUGCAAGAAAAACCAAACGCUCAAGACAUUCCGCCACAUCGUUAUCUUACGUUUAUAAAUCAUACUAGAUAAACAAAUUUUAUCAGCCCCUGUGCUCGACUUGGUACGCGCCCGCACUUCCCGCGAAAUAGAGUCACGUGGUAAAACCACGUGCUAGGGAACAAAGCAUCUUUGUAUUGUUUAAAAUUAUGGCGGACAACUGUUGAUGGCGUCGAGUUGCCCUUUAUUGCGCAAAAAGAGUAUUUGUCAACUCUGUGGACUGUCCAGACGCGCAUAUUUUGUUUUGAUCACCAGUCCAAACGUCUCCGAAUCGUCAGCGACUGGGAUUUACUUUUUAAAGGAACGGAUCUAAGUUCAACUGGUGGACACACUAACUGUUUGAGUCUUCGCGAUGCGAAUAAAUGUGAGUACGAUUGUUCCUUAUUUUAGAAUAAUCUGUCAUAGGAACGUCUAAGCAUACGCGUUAUGAAAAGGACAGUUGGAUAUAUGGUCUUUCAAAGAGCGCUGUCGAUUAAUUUAUUACCAAGAGCGGGUGAGCCAUGGCUUUUGUUCAUAUGUGUUCGCUUAGGCCUGUUUCAAACGUCGUGCUACUGCCGUGCUAAGCUGGCUCGACUGUAGCUCGACUGCAUCACGACACUAACACGACUUGGUUUCAGACGUCGAAUUUAAUUCACACAAUGACAGUCGAAUGGAACGGCUGUUGCCAAAAACAAAACACAAAAAAUAAAGAAACGGUUUAGCAAACUUUUAAUAUAUUCUAAUGUAUUUAUAAUUUAUGAAUUGAGUUCGGCACGGCGGUAGACGACCUCGUUUCAAACGUCGCGCUAUUGCUGUGCUAAAGUCGAAUUUAAUUCGAUCAACUGAGUUCGGCACGGCAGUAGCAUGACGUUUGAAACGGGCCUUACCGGUCGUUUUGAUACAAAGUAUAUUUCGAUACAAUACAACUGUUCAGAUACAAAUUGAUUCAGUCGAGGUGUACAACCAAUUUUUCGCGUAGUUGACAUAUAACAAAGACAGUUCAUAACAGAAGCCAGCUCAUAUGUUUUUCUUGUUCACGGCUAUAACUAUACAUCAGGUAAUCGGAAAAUUUUUGCAGUUUCACUGCUUUAAGUUCGUAUCGAAACAACUCGUUUCCUUUAUGCAUCAGUCAAUUCCAGCUGCGCCCUCCCCCCUCACCCGGGCUACUGCAGGGCAUUUGCCCGCCUUUUCAGUAUCGGGGUGGGGCAUUUGCAAAUUUUGCGCUGCCUGGUAGCCGGGCUUUUGCCAAACCGGGGCUAUUCCGGAGCUUUUGAAAUGCACGCGGUUUCCUAUCAGAAUAUUACUACACAGAGGAUAUUACUGGAAAAAGGCAGAUUGGCUCAUCUGUCAAGGACGGGGUUGUAAAGGCAUGUUCUCGAUUUUAUGCAUGCAUUUUUUCAUUGCUUUUCAAGCCAGCAGAAUUACAUAGAGAAACUCGGGAGCUAUCAACGUGAAUCAACGUUUUUGGUUAGUGAAUCAAAUUUAUGUAUUUGAAGAAAUCCUUUAUUAUAAAACUAUAACAUAUAACUUUAUGGUGCUCUAUUAAUUUUAAUGUCAAUAAUUUUAUAUCAAUACUAAAACCUACUAGAAUCCUAGUGCCAUUUUAAAGAUUUCGAAUAAAAAAUCGCACAUUAAAAUGCUUAUAACGGCACUAUUCAACUGUGUGAUCAAUGAAAAAUGUUGCAGUGUUGACGGAGGACGGGGCAUUUGCUCUCUUUUUUUGUCCCCACUGCGGAGGAUUUGACAGCUCUAGAGUCCCCACCCCCGGGUAUUUCCCAUCCAAGGCAAAAAAAAUGCUAAUGCUCAGGGGUCAGCCCGUGGGGGGGGGGGGCGUUGGUCUGGGCACAGCUGGAAUCGACUGAUGCAUUACAGUCAAUCAAUGAGAUUACAUUAUUGCUCUCAUGCCAAAAUAUAAUGUGUCAGGUUAAUUAAGGUUUGUGUCUGUCCUCUUUACCUCACACAUAGCAAUACCAAUCCACAAAACCAAUGGUGAAUGCUCUGGCUCAGGUCUUGCAAGCUUCAAAAUGAUUUUAGUGGAAUCAAAUAUUGUGUUAGGUCUUGUGAAAAUGAAUGUAUGUAUAGUUAGCAGGUAAAAUUCAAUAAUGAAAUUAUAUAUUAUAUAUUCUAUUGACUCAGUUGAGCAUAAAGUGGUUAUUUUUCUGUUUGGGAAUUCCUUAGAAGUUUCAGGAACAUGAUAUUUUGACAUUUUAGUUUGUUACGUGUAAACAAUCAGGACCUUAUACAUAUAGCUGGUUUAAUAAAGGUUGCUUUGGGUAUUGGAAAUUGAGUAAUAGUACAUGUAAGCUAUUGUUUGGUGGUCACUCAGGGAAAUCAUUGAACAGUUAUGACACAUAGAUAUAUAUUUUUAGCAACUACUAUAAUUUGCAGUCUGUCCACUUUGAAUUUCAUUGUUUGGUAUGCCCAAAUGCCCAAUAGGCAACCUUUAUUGAAUCAGCUAUACACUGUAGCUUCUGGAGAAGCGACAACCACAAGCUAUAAAUGACAUCCAGUAUUUUUAUUGUUUACAUUCUAAAACAAAAUUUCCUAGUAAUGUCUUGUCUAUACAGAAAAUAUGCAGUGACUUUGUCAACCCCUGCAUCCUGCAUCCCUGAUGCAUAAAAAUUCCCAAAGAAGCAAAAUAAUAAUAUUCAUGGCAUGCAUUCCAAUGGACACAAAAGAUCAAUAAAAAAUCUGAACAUGUGUAUUUGUAGAAAUAUCCCGUUCAUUUAUUCUGUGGCAGUUAUUAUGGCUGUUGUUGUUUUUUUUAUAGACAUAUUUAUCGCAACAUUUGUUCUAAGAGCCUAAAGGGCUCAUCUAGAUAGCUUACACUGUUUACAUUUGAAUAUUUUAAAAAUACAAAUGCACGUCAAGAUCAAACACGCACGCACAAAACAAGUGAAAAAAUAAAAAUAAAAAACAAAAAAAAUGUAUAUAUAUUAUUAAAAAAAUACACACACAGCAGCUAACAGAAGAGAUUUGAUAGCGAAAUAAACGACUGGACAAGCUGAAACAACCUAACGUUAAUUUGAAAAUCAGCAGUAAAAAUACCAUUUAAAAGCCAAUCGAAUUUUUUCUUAUCUGAGGCACAAUGUCAUAUAUUUCCACGUAAUUGUGCUGCGGAGGUAAACAACUUUUCACACAGAGCAGCAAAACUUGGGCAGUAUAGGAAAUGAUGUUUCGCAUCUUCAAUAGAAUCAUCACAAAGAGCAAAGGCAGGCACACGGCAGCAAUUUUUCUGAAAAGGUGAUAACUUAAGGCACUAAAAUUAAGUCUCAUACGAGUGUGAAAAUUGACGCUGAACAAUCCCCGAUAUAAAAAGAUAGCUGCGGGAUGGAAAUUCAGGAAUUUUGUUGUUGAAGGAUGCAUAUUUCUUUUUAGCCUUUGUUUUUUUUUUAAAAUAGAAGAACUAUAUUUUAAUUUCAGUGUAACUGCAGUAAUACAGAGUUUUGUAGUCUGUCAAGUCUGCUUAUAACUGUAUGGUCACAUAAAGGCCCAAGCAUUUUCAAUCUCAGACUUGUAUUUUUUUUUUAACUAAGACUCAUUGGUUCUGGACUGGGACUCAUGAUUUUUCACAAGAUGAGUCCCAAGACUCACCAUGACUAUUUGUAACCAAAAUCACUGUUUUAUUUCUCUAGUAGCUUUUUAAUUUUUUCUGGUUCCCUCAGUGUCUAUAUUAACAGAGUUUCACAGUUUGAAAAGUGAUAUAAUGUCAAACAGUCAUGCAGACUGCUUGUGAAAGUAGGACAGUGGCAGGAAAAUUAAUGCCAAAACAGUGCAAUGUAUAAGAACUCUGUUAACAGAUUAAAUUUUGUAUUCUAAUCCCUCAAUUAAUGGUGGACGAAAAUUGCCUUUCCAGUAAUAACAGUACAACUUAAUGAUUGUUGGAUAAAGAGGCUACAAGGAAUGUUAUUACAUUUCGCUACGUUUUGCCAAUUACAGUACUUGUUAUUAUGAAACUUGGCCUUAGAGAAGAAAUUACCUCAAAGCAAUGACGUUUUGUGGCGAAAUUUGCCCAAGGACAUGAAAAACAAAAGCACGGGCUUACAACAGUGAUACUGACAGCGAAAGAAGAUAUCAUCUUCCCGGAUGAAUUGUUUCACCUGAUGGUAGCUUCCUUUAAAUAGAUUUAAAAAGCUACCUUAAACUUUAGGACUGAACAACUCAAUAGCUUUGAGAAGGGUCUUUGUUUUCAUGUUGAUUAAUUUGCCUGUUCACACUCCAAGCCAUUUUAUAGGAUAUCCACGAACCAAGGUACCACUGGACUGCCUUCUUGCUACCAUCCAAAUGUAAUUUCAGUUAUCUAUAUCAACAGCUCGUCUUCGACUGCUGAUUGAUUGCAAGGAAUUGAGAGGACUCUGUCCGCAGGAGGGAUCUACGGGGGUAGUAGUCACCCAGCCGGGAGACCCAGCAGAGCUCCAGGAAGCGGCAUGUAGCCACACCUCUGACGCAGGGACUACGGCUGCAGCAGGUCCAAAAGCGGGGGCUGCAGAGGUACAAGCAUCAAAGGAAACCAUAGGAGUGGUCCAGCCAACAGCAGUGGCCACAAAUGACUUGGCACCAGGAAGUUUUGGAAAUGGAGCUGUUCCCUCCUCACAGCAAAUUUUGAAUGCUAUUGCGUCAAAGUACCUACAGUCAAUUAACCCGUCAACACCGGAUGAGUUUAAUGAUUUUAUUCAGUACAUGGAAAAGGUGCGUAAAGUUGUCAUUGUGGAUGUUAAAACUGGAAGUUUGAUAGUCACAGUGGAAUGUAGCUCUCUUAAAAUUAUCGACGAACUUUGGGAAGACUAUCGCACUGGUCAUCUUAAUGAAAUGGCCCAGAAAUUCCUUGCGACAGAGGAAAUUCUGGUGGAGUUUGGCCUAGCUGAACUAAAAAUCACAACAACUAUUAACGAAGAGGAAUACAAAGCUUGUCGUGAGCUUUUCUUGAAUCCUUCAAGUAGGUAUUUAGACUUAAUCAUGAAUCCUAAAUACACGUGCUGAUGUUUAACGGGGGUAUUUAAUUGUUGAAAACAAUUAUUGCUGAAUUAAUGAUAAAGAAAUUUAGAAUAGAAACGUUUACAGGUUCGAAAUAGAUUUAUUAUGCUAAUUGAACGAAGUGGAGUGUAAUUUGGUCUGAAAUCAUGCGGGUGAUUUGAUAUGGCAAGUAUGUAUAUCUAGCCGGAAUUUUGAGAACGUUAACGCCAAAUAGACCUUUUGCGUCCAACAAAGUAGCCAAAGUAGCCAUCAUAAAAACUAAGACUGCAACCAUUACUUUUUUCUCCUCUCCUUCUUCCCUUCUCCUCGCUCUUUCUUUUUCUCCCUUGCUUUUCCUUCGUUACUGUGAUUUUGGCGCUUAUCUGGCCUAAGAAACCUGCCUGAAUGAAUGUCGCUAACGAUUGAGCAAAAUUGGAAAUGGUCAAACAAAACCUUCCUUCAUACUUUGUGUGUAGUUAGUACUUCAGAUGAAAUUACUCACUGUGGCAUUUGUUUGACUGCUAACAAAAACCUGCACUGGUUAUCAGGGGGGGGGGGGAUUUUGGGGGUACAAUUGUCUUCUUGAAAAUUGGGGUUUUGUUAGGUAAAUAUUUCAGAAAGCAGACUAACAUUUAAAAAUCUGUUUACGUGGCAGCAAAAUAUCAUCCUUCCUCUUAAUGAAAAUGUUAUCAAUAUUUCUCUAGCCCUCCCCACCCCCCACAGGAAACGUUUUUUGACAAGGCUAAAAAUAUACAUUUUGGAACACAUUUUUUUUUAUCACUAGUACUCCGAUUUUGAUCAAAAUUACAACAGGAUGUAAAUAUUUUCCCCUUUGUUAAUCAUUUCAUGCUUAAAAAUCUGCGGCACUGGAUAUAUCUUUGCAUGCCAAUCAAAUGAAAAUGUAUACUUGAGACAAAAUAGUAAAUUUUCGCAACUUUUGUUCGCCGCUAUCUUUCUUUUAUAUAAUUUCACUGGGGCGAUGUUAAGCAAGAACGUGGGAUGGUUCUUAUAGAUUGCAUUCAUUUACCUUUUACAGUCUGUUAUCGAGCAGAUUAACGAUUUUUGGUCAACAAAAACAGGAAUCGUGUGAUUGGCGGUUAAUUUAUGCAAAUUACUGCCCCCAAUAUAACUUGGCAGGAAAAUCUAAUACGACGUUUUCCACCAAAAUUAAUCGCUUCGAUGGGAUCGUUAAUAGAUAACUGACACAUUAGCUACCCUUAACAAAACAGUCAAUGCGAGAAACAUUUCAGAGCCAAAGUCAAAUCACACACAAGUCAACGUUAGAUCUCAUCGAUCCAUGCAUGUCGUUGGGUUGAAACUCCUUCCUUCAUCUUCCCAUCUUAAUGCACACCUCAAAGUUUCCUUUGAGAACCUGCCAAUGUACUGCAGCUGCUUAAAGAAAGACGCAGUUUUCUUCACUGUGGAAGAAAAUGUAGAAAAUAGUGUUCUGUUGGAUUGUCUUGCAAUUUUCCAGCAAGGUUCAAGGCUCGGGGUUCAAGGUAGCGCAAUGUGUCACGUUCUAAGCGCUACCUUUGACACCACUAUUUUAUAAUUUCCUCUACUGCACGAAUAUUAAAAUCUUCAAGAAUUCAUGAAAGUUUUAUUAAGUAUAAUGUCAGAAAAACAGUGAACCCCAUUUUAUUUAGACUUAGACCCUUGUGAAAAUGCUAUUUUUCCUGUUUGAAUUAGAUUGAACAGAACUUGUGACUUCUCUCCUUCGAACUUGUUCAGGAUUUUUGACCGAUUUGGAUAUAUGUCGAAUCCACUUAGAAGAGAAUCACGCACCAGUUUUAGCUCUACAACAGGUUUAUUCUGUAUACUGUAAUUUUCUGAUUACACACUUCUGAAACGCUGAAGACCCCGAGGGAGGGACAAAAAAAACCUGGUACAUUUCUGCUCUAUCUUUUGUGUCUAAUACCGCGUGGCCGCUUAUAUACCCUAAAAUAUCCUUGUGGGAGUUAACACUAUGAAAUAUACGCAGUAUUGCCGGCUAUAGGCGGAAUGCAAAACACAUAUUGUUGAUCAAAAUUCAAAGCCGACUUGAAUCCCGGGGGGUACUGCCUAAAAUGGCCUAUACGGAGAGGUUCCACCUGGAAGGGGUACCUUUUUCAGGCCUCAAGUAUAUGAGAGGUUUGGGAUUUCACUUGUUGAAGUAUAUAAAAGGAUAGGGAAAACUCAUUUCGGUUGGUAAAAAGCCCAAAAAGGGCUUACAGAUGUAUCGUAGCUGUGAAAAGAGCAGAGUAAACGGUCUGGUUUUGUGAUUUAUUCAUAUUUUAAAGACAGUACAUUUACAGCAGUUAAGAAGGAUGCAAAGUUCUAAACUUGGAUUGUGAAAGGGGUACCAAUGUCAAUAGAAGGUAUACUGAAGGAAUACCUUUUCUGUCAAAAAUGGUAUAUAAAAGGGUAAGGGGUUGGACCUCGGGGCGGAGCCUCCCUGUAUGGCAGGGUGCCAGUGUGAAAGGAAACUUUGUAGAUAUGUACUGAAGCUGAAGGAAGGGAUUUGAACGCGGCGACAUGCAUUACUACAUGGUGAAUAACCACCUCAAACGAACCGUGACUUGUGUGUGAUUUGACUUUGGCUCUGAAAUGUUUCUCGCAUUGAUUGCUUUGUUAAUUGUAUGUAAUAUGUCAGUUAUCUAUUAAUAAUCCCAUCGAAGCGAUUUAUUUUGCUGGAAAACGUCGAAUUAGAUUUUCCUGCCAAGUUAUAUGGUGAGAUAUUAUCCCAUACUCUCUUUCCCGUCUAUGUGUUUCUUGUAUUUGGCUUUAUUUUUUACCUGGGUGUCGUGCAUGACUCUUAAAGUGCAACUAACCCCCAAAUUGUUUUUCGCUAAAUGAAAUCUCCUUAUUUUUCUGAUUACUUUUGAGAAAAAAUAUCGUGAUUGACAAAAUCCUCGCGUUUCCAUGGCUGUUUAAAGUUGGGUCUCUUGUGUCCCAUUACCGAGUUAUUGUGGGAGCUGGGUACGAAUGUUGUUGUGACGUCACCAAAGGAGGACAUCUGCCGCGAACUCAUGAGUAAAAGACCGAGAAGCGAGAAAGGGAAAAUCAUUUUAAGCGAGCGGGAUGCUAAAACGGCCAAAAUUCAACGGAAUAUGUCUUUAAGUGAUGCAAGUUCCGAGAGAAGUUUUAAUUCAGAAGAUUCUGAGGCAAAUUUGGCCGAAGUGGAAGAUGAACAAAGUGAUCGCGAGUCGCAAGUUUCAUGUGAAAGCCUGGAAAAUGACAUUGCAUAUGCCAAUGAACCCUUGGCUGAUGAAGAAUGGCUCAUCGAAAAAAAAAUAAUAAUAAUAAAUCAUGUAAAACACAACUAACUACUUAACGUACUCGACACUACGGCUCGUCACAAACCCCUACCUAUUCGGGAAAGGUGGUACGACAAGAAAAUAAGUUUAAUUAGCAAAUCAUCAACUUUGCAAGUGCAUCUUGGUGUUUUUCUAAAAUUUUUUUGCCAUCACUGCACGGCCUCGACGUGAAAAUUCCUAAUUUCAUGUUUUAUGAAGGACGUGUCCCAAACAAACGAUGAUGAGCUUUUUUCCUAUUCUGAACUUGGAUAUGAGAUCGCAUACAUUUGACAAAGUAUGCGACUUGCAAUAAUGGCUAGAAAUUUAGAACGACUGGGCAUUCACGUUUUAUAAAAAAAGCGACGUGCUGGCCGCUGUCGUGAUAUCUUUUAUCUUAACUUGAGUCAUUGACGCGUGGCGGAAAAAAAAACUACUUCCGGUCACCGUAUUAGACUCCUCCGUAGUCGUUGCUUAAAGACGCUAUUAAUGCAUCAGUCAAUACCACCUGCGCCCAGCCCCCCCUCCCUUCCCGAGCUACUGCGGAGCAUUUGCCCGCCUUGUCAUUCCCGAGGGUGGGGCAUUUGCAAAUUUUGCACUACCCGAGGGCCGGGCGUUUGCCAACCCUGGGGCCAUUUCUGAGCUUUUGACACGAACGCGGUGUCCUAUCAGAAUAGAACUACACAGAAGGUUUUACUGGAAAAAACGCAGAUUGGCUCAUCUGUCAAGGAUAGGAAUAAAUUGAAGAGGGUUGUAAAGGCAUGUUCUCGAUUAUGCAUGCAUUUCUUCAUUGCUUUAAGCCAGGAUUACAUAGCGAAAUUGGAGCUAUCGAUGUGAAUCAACGUUUUUUGGUUACUGAAUCAAAUUUCUGUUGAUAUUAUUUGAAGAACAUCCUUUCAUAUUUAUAAAACUAUUCAUAACAUACAACUUAACAGCGCUCUGUUAAUUUUAAUGUCAAUAGUUUUACAUUAAUACUAAAACCAUAAACUGGUGCAUGUCGUUGCGGCGUGAAGUCUUAACUAGAAUCCUAGCGCUAUUAGAAAGGAAGACGUUAAUUGAAACAAAAAAUCGCACAUUGAAAUACUUAAAUGGCACUAUUCGACUGUGCGAUCAAUAAAAAAAUGUUGCAGUGUUGACAGAGGACAUCAGCUACAUUCCUAUCCAAUGGUUCUACUGAUACCUUUAUUCAUUUAAAUGAAAUAUGGUCCUAGAUAUUGAGACAACAUCUAAUAUUUCCUCUUUUUGUGGUGCUGUAGAGAAUCAAUCCAGUGUUGCUGAUAACCGCUACAAACUUGGAACCGAGAAACGUAACCAACAGGAUUUCAAAUCAGUCCUCGAAUUCCAUCAGCGUUCGCUGCACAUAUAUAUUAAACAGUAUGGAGAAGAACACCAAAGUACUGCUGACUGUUACUACGAACUGGGGAUAACACAACAUAAUUUACGUGAUUUUAAAGCAGCUCUUCAAUCUCUCCAGCGUGCGCUGGACAUACGCAUUAAACUGGUUGGAGAAAAAAACCAAAGUACUGCUGACUGUUACUACUCACUGGGGAGAACACAGCAUAAAUUGGGUCAUUUUAAAGCAGCUCUUCAGUCAAAACAGCGUGCACUGGGCAUACGUAUUAAACUGGUUGGAGAAGAACACCAAAGUACUGCUGACUGUUACUACUCACUGGGAAAAACACAGCAUAAACUAGGCGAUUUUAAAGCAGCUCUUCAGUCAAAAGAGUGUGCACUGGGCAUACGUAUUAAUCUAGUUGGAGAAGAACACCAAAGUACUGCUGACUGUUACUACUCACUGGGGAAAACACAGCAUAAAUUGGGCGAUUUUAAAGCAGCUCUUCGGUCAAAACAGCGUGCACUGGGCAUACGUAAUAAACUGGUUGGAGAAAACCACCAAAUUACUGCUGACUGUUACUACUCUCUGGGCAUGACACAGCAUAAAUUAGGUGACUUUAAAGCUGCUCUUCAUUCAAAACAGCGUGCACUGCGCAUACGUAUUAAACUGGUUGGAGAAGAACACCAAUCUACUGCAGUUUGUUACUACUCACUGGGGGUAACACAGCAACAACAACGUAAUUUUAAAGCGGCUCUUCAGUCUCACCAGCGUGCCCUGGACAUACGAGUUAAACUGUUUGGAGAAGAACACCAAAGCACUGGUGACUGCCUCUAUGCACUGGGGAUAACACAGCUGAAACUGGGUGAUUUCGAAGGAGCUCUUCAAUUUUUCAAGCGUGCCCUUUACAUACGUAUUAAACUGUUUGGAGAAGAACACCAAAGUACUGCUCACUGUUACCACUCACUGGGGGUAACAGAGCAUAAACUAGGUGAUUUCAAAGCAGCUCUUCAAUCUCAUCAGCGUGCGCUGGACAUACGUAUUACACUGUUUGGAGAGGAACACCAAAGUACUGCUGACUGUUACUACUCACUGGGGGUAAUACAGCAUCAAGAACGUAAUUUUAAAGCGGCUCUUCAAUCUUUCCAGCGUGCCCUGGACAUACGAGUUAAACUGUUUGGAAAAGAACACCCAAGUACUGUUAACUGUUACUUAAAUCUGGGGAUAACUCAGGGUAAACGAAGUGAUUUUAAAGCAGCACUUGAAUCCUUCCAGCGUGCCCUGGAUAUAAGUAUUCAACUGUUUGGUGAAGAACAACAAACUACUGCUGACUGUUACCGCGAACUGGGGAAAACACAGUAUGAAGUAGGUGAUUUCAAAGCAGCUCUUCAAUCUCACCAGCGUGCCCUGGAUAUAAGUAUUCAACUGUUUGAUGAAGAACACCAAAGUACCGCUGACUGUUACCACGAACUAGGGAAAACACAGUAUGAAGUAGGUGAUUUCACAGCAGCUCUUCAGUCUCACCAGCGUGCGCUGGACAUACGAAUUAAACUGGUUGGAAAAAAACACCAAAGUACUGCUGACUGUUACUACUCACUGGGAAUAACACAGCAUAAAUUGGGUGAUUUUAAAGCCGCUCUUCAGUCAAAACGGCGUGCACUGGGCAUACGUAUUAAACUAGUUGGACAAGAACACCAAAGUAGUGCUGACUGUUAUCACUCACUGGGGAAAACACAGCAUAAAUUGGGUCAUUUUAAAGCAGCUCUUCAGUCAAAACAGCGUGCACUGGGUAUACGUAUUAAACUGGUUGGAGAAGAACACCAAAGUACUGCUGACUGUUCCUACUCACUGGGGAAAACACAGCAUAAAUUAGGUGAUUUUAAAGCAGCUCUUCAGUCAAAACUGCAUGCUCUGGGCAUACGUAUUAAACUGUUUGGAGAAAUCCACAAAAGUACUGCUGACUGUUACUACUCACUGGGGAUAACACAGCAUAAAUUGGGUGAUUUUAAAGCUGCUCUUCAGUCAAAACAGCGUGCACUGGGCAUACGAAUUGAACUGUUUGGAGAAGAACACCUAAGUACUGCUGAAUGUUACUACUCACUGGGGGUAACAGAGCAUCAACAACGUAAUUUUAAAGCAGCUCUUCAUUCUCACCAGCGUGCGCUGGACAUACAUAUCAAACUGUUUGGGAAGAACACCAAAGUACAGCUGACUGUUACUACUCACUGGGGGUAA